UAUUAUUAAAUAAUUUUUUUAACUGACGAAAUUUAUUGAAGAAUGUUAUAUUUAAAAUAAAUACGAGAAUGACACCUGUACUCGUUGGAAAAAAAUUAAAAAAAAAAUAAUAAUAUCUUAUACGAAUUACACGAGUUUGAUUCUUGCCAGUAAACAGUUUUAUCCAGUCUUUUCAUUUAUCCCGUUUCUCUUGUCUGUAUGCUAGUUUAUAAUUAAAUUUAUAGUACUAACAUCUAAAGCAACAACAAUAGGAAUACGAGGGUAAAGUAUAGAAAUUCCAAAGUUAAUAGACGUGAUAUUGACUUUCUGGAUUGGGUAUCCAUGCACGUAAUACAUAAAUCCGAUAAAUACAGUAGUGACACGCGUACUACUGAAAUAAAAAACUAAAGAAUCAUGAGACGAAGAAGAAGAAGAAGAAGAAGAAGAAGAAGAAGAAGAAGUAUAAGAAUGAAGAAGAAGAAAAUAAUAAAGAUGAAAACAGUGGUAUAGAAUCCUAGUAGGAGUGGCGUCUAGAGUAAACAGAAUAGAACCAAUCGAGUAUAAAGGGUGGUCCAGCUGAUGUUUGUCUUUUAACCGACUCUGGAGGGAUGCUCAAGUCACGUUUGGUCGACACCCUCGGAUAUCCACGAGGAUCUUCCAGAGCCAAUCGUCAUCUUGAACCCGCGGUUAAUAGUUUACGAGAAGAGCUUCCGAGCAGAAACUGGUGUUUAAGUUAAAGUUUAACAAUAAACGAGUUGCGGUGGUCGCUGGCAGUGAAGAAGAAAAGGACUGGAGAAUGCUGAGAGGAAAGUCGGCUAAGAAAGAUCAUGAUGAGGAGGACGGCAAACAAAGACGGCCAAAGUGCGCUCGCUGCAGAAAUCAUGGACUCAUCUCCUGGUUGCGGGGACACAAAAGAGAGUGUCGUUAUAAAGAAUGUCUUUGUCCGAAGUGUUCUCUCAUUGCUGAAAGACAACGUGUUAUGGCUGCCCAGGUCGCAUUGAAAAGGCAGCAGGCCGCUGAAGAUGCGAUAGCUUUGAGUAUGGCCAAAGUUGCUACCGGGCAGAAACUGGAUCGUUUGCCACCUGGAAAAAUUUUCGGUAUGGCUGUAACUGACCCUAAUCCUCAAAUAACAUCCCAAGUUAAAGCUGUCAUGGAUAUUGACGCUGAUGUUGACGUUGAUCAACCGACAGAUAGCAUUAGAGAGUCGUCCGAGUCAGAGGGUGGUAAUUCUGCCAAAGAAAAUGAACUUACUUUUAAACUGAACUCAUCACUCGACAAAAAGAAAAGCAGUAUCUUCAGUGCCGUCGACCGAAGUGAUUCUGAAGACCAAAGUACCAAAGAAACCCCAGCUAUUUCUCAGACAUCAGUUGAAACUCUCGCGCGAUUGUUUCCCAGCACUAAAUUAUCGGUUUUACAACUGGUACUCCAGAGAUGCGGCCAGGAUUUACUUAAAGCUAUUGAGUACUUUGCCAAUGACAGCAACCCAUGCACCACAUCGGCGUUUCGCCCGCUCCAGAGUUCAUCGUCAGAUGUACGAACCACCGCCGAUUAUCCCAGUGUCUUUACACUGCCUCCAGUUUACUCGAAUCUAUCCCGUAGUUUUUACAACGACGGAUACUGUCUUCUCAACAUCUUGCCUGACGCGGCAUUGUCACGCAGCGGUGAAUUAUCGCGGGUCAUCAGUCCGCUCGAACAAGACAGCAGCGUUGCUUUUAAUGUUCAGUAUAAUAAUUAUUUUAAUGCCGACAUACAGCAACAGUUGCGUGAUCACACAUCAAGAUCUGCUGGGUUACUUCAUUUACCUCCGAUAAUUCCUGGUGUUCCCUGUGUUACUCCUAAUUGCACUCAAUGUUACAAAUUUAUAUGAUGUUAUUUUAUUAAUAUUAUUAUUAUAUUUGUAGUGCGAUGUAUACUAUAAUA